AUGAGAAAUCCUGAUUGGACUUUGAGUUGCCUACUUGUGCUCGAAUGGUGCGUCUGGCAUGAUCGGUGUCCGAAGCAAUGGCGAGUCUGCGUCAGCGAUCACGGCCUCCAUGAUCAGGCAGGAACAAGCUGUCGUGUAGAGCCAACUCCCGAAGGCCUCCGAGAGUUUCCACCGGGUCGUGAGCUGUGGCGUGAUGAGUCCUUCGGGUUCUAUGGGCUACCAGCCAAGCUCUUCCUAACCCAUUGUGAAAGCCAAAGCAGGACUGGGCAGAAAACACUUGGCGUGAAGUAUUACCAUCACGAAGACGGAAGAGCAGCGUGGUUUCCGGAGCACUAUACUGGCAAACAGAAGACUUUGGUUGCUGAGAUGUGCGAGUGGGAGACGAUAUCCGGCAUUGUGGAAACAAUAUCUUUGGAUGUCUCCUACAAGCUCGUGCUACUGCCUCCUGAAGAUGCAUUGGCUGCACAAUCAUAUCUUCCUACUCUUCCGCGGUCACCAGGGCCAGAUGGAAUAGAUUUUCAGAUUUUGACUAUUGUUCAGCCUUGCGAACUUGGAGGUCCAAACAGCAAGAUCGUAGACGCCAUUUGUGCUCUCGAGGCAUGUUGUAGGCGCCUGUUACGACAGCGAAAUCGGCUUGCGAAAUCAUCCAACCUGCUGACUUGUCGUUGGGUUGACUCCAGUAAGAGAAUGAGAAUCCCAAGUACCAGGAUGAAGAAAGAGCUGCUCUGCUUUUCCAAUGUCACCAACACUCCAGCUAACGCAAUUUGCGUUUCAUGUCUCCCUCUCACCGAACUUACCUCCUCUCAUCGAUUUCCGUCAUCCAGAUACGACGUGACGAUGUUGCUAUACCAAUUUUCACCGUUUCGCGAGAACAGUUGCGGGCAUGCCGCGAAUGGAGCCAAAGAGGAGGGCGGGCAAUCAGUACAGCCUCAAUCGGUCAGAGCUUUCACUCGCGGAUAUCAGCUCCCUCGGAAUCAUAACUAUGAUCGGCCAUGCCUUUCCGUGCUGCUGCGAGAAAGAGAUCCUCUAAUGCUCUGCAUUGGACAGACGAUUAUCCAUCAUACAAAUUACCCUGCUGGCCUUCUUGAGCGUCCGUCAGUAGGGCUUCAAGCGGAGCACAGCGAGAGUCAACCCACCGCAUACGCCGCAGGUGGUGGUAUGGCGGCUAAGAUUCCAGCACAGCAUGUCUCUCUCUUAAGAAACAAAUUUUCAAGUCUGGACAACUUGAAGAAGAGAGUGCCACUGCUUCCUCCCCCUUUCCUUCCUGUCACAAAGAAAAGCUUCCAAGGACUUUCUCUAUGGGCUCUUCUGAUGGACUGA